GGAGCCAGACAGUGACCCGGAAGCAGAAGUGGCCCUCGCAGGCAGAGUGCUGGAAAGCGGCAGCGGCGACCUGAGUGAUAGGAGCAGCAAUUUAUCCGUGUGCAGUCCCAAACUGGAAAGAAGAUGCUAAUUAAAGUGAAGACGCUGACCGGAAAGGAAAUUGAGAUUGACAUUGAACCUACAGAUAAGGUGGAGCGAAUCAAGGAGCGUGUGGAGGAGAAGGAGGGAAUCCCUCCACAACAGCAGAGACUCAUCUACAGUGGCAAACAGAUGAAUGAUGAGAAAACAGCAGCUGAUUACAAGAUUUUAGGUGGUUCAGUCCUCCACCUCGUGUUGGCUCUGAGAGGAGGAGGUGGUGGUCUAAGGCAGUGAUGGACCCUCCAUUUUACCUUCUUACCCUGUCGCUCAUAAUGAGGCAUCAUAUAUCCUCUCACUCUCUGGGACACCAGAGCCACUGCCCCCUCCCCUGGAUACCCAGUAAUGUAUGUCUACUGGUGGGAGACUAUGAGGACCCCAGGAUGCAGUAUUCCUGGCCCAGAGGGACCUUGCUGGCUAUUGGGUGUUAGUUUGCAGUACUGUGUGCUUCCCUCUCUUAUGGCUGUGUCCCUGAUUGUCAAUAAAAUAUUUCCUGGCCUCCUGGAA